AUGGAGCAGCGGCAGGGCGAGAACAGGGCGCCAACCUUGAAGCCCCGCCUGGCGCCCGGCUCGGUGCCCUGGGGCGCCGCCGCCGCCGCUCCCGACAGCCCCCUGCUGCCGCCGCCUGCGCCACGCGGCAGCAGCACCCGCUGCCGUGCCAGCAAGCAGCCAGAGCAAGGCUUCUUCGGCCAAGCCGACCCCAGCGCCCAGGUGCUGCCUGUGAAGAGCGGGCUGCCUGGCGACAUCACCAAGCGCAGCAAGUCACGCUGGGAGUCUGAUUUCAUUUGGAACAAGGACUGGGCCAAGCAGCUGGACUAUGAGGAGAGCCUGCGCAAGCAGCAGGAGGAGGGGGAGCGGCUGCGGGCCGAGGGCGACGGCGGCGGCGACGGCAAGGGCUUCCUCAGCCUGCGCAGCAAGGUGGACCUCAACAGCAUGGAUGUGGACCUCAGCCAGCAGCUGCGGGCGCGCAAGAGCAGCGCCGCCGCCGCCUCCUCCUCCUCCUCCUCUCCGGCCGCGCCCCGCCAGCCGCGGCCGCGCCAGGCGCCGUGGUUCGCAACCGUGCCGCCCACCCGCGUGGAGCAACGGCAGUGGCAGCGGUCGGGCAAGUUUUCGCGGAAGGUCGUGGCGGUGGCUCCCACCAACGAGGCCGAGCAGGAGGCGCUGGAUGCCAAGGUGGAGGCUGAGCGGCGUCGGGACGUGGCCGCCAGCUACGGCGUGGGCGCCCUGGGCGGCCUGGUCUACCUGCGCCUGCUCAACCGCAGCGUGGACGGCGUGGGUGGUGGGCUGGCGGGCGCGCUGGGCCAGCAGCGCCUGCUCAUCCCCAUCAUCCUGGCCCUGGGCUACAACAGGUACAACACGCUGGUGGCGGAGGAGACGGGGCUGACGCUGCAGCUGGCGCCCAUGCUGGUGGGCUUCUUCACCUGCAAGGGCGCGGUGCUGGCCAGGCAGUCGCUGGCGCUGUUUGCCGAGCUGGCCUGCAGCGCGCAGGGCGGGCAGCGGGGCGGCGACGGCGCCGACGGCGAGGUGGGGGAGCAGGAGGCGGGCAUGGGUGUGGCGUCGGUGGACCGGGCGUUCAGGAAGAAGAUGCUCAACGAGAUGUGA